AUGGCAACAAACAAAGGCAACAUGGCAACAACCGAGGCUGAUCAAACCAAAUCCCCAGACUCACCAAGCCAGCAUGCAGAUCAACAGGAGGCAUAUUCUCAGUUCUCAGUGAAUACCAAACGGUAUAUCGUGGCGAUGGGAUCUUUGGCCAGUUUCUUCUCACCCUUAUCGUCGAGUAUCUACCUUCCAGUCUUGACCACCAUCGCGGAUGAGCUGCACAUCUCCACCUCUCAGGUCAACUUGACCGUCACAACAUACCUAAUCAUGCAGGGUGUCGCACCCAUGCUCAUAGCAGGCUUCUCCGAUACCGCAGGUCGCAGACCCGCCUAUAUUAUUUGCUUCACAAUUUACCUCGCAGCCAACCUAGGGCUAGCUCUCCAAAACAGUUUUGCAGCCCUACUCGUUCUCCGUUGUGUCCAAAGCGCCGGCAGCAGUGGAACAGUUGCGCUUGCAAAUGGUCUAGUGGCAGAUAUGAUCACGUCAGCCGAGAGAGGCUCGUACAUCGCUUUCGCGUCGAUCGGAAGCAUGCUUGGUCCUUCGCUAUCCCCAAUAAUCGGUGGUCUCCUCAGUCAGUAUACCAACUGGCACUGGAUCUUCUGGUUUCUCCUAAUCUUCGGCGGUGUGUUCUUUCUCAUUCUCGCGCUUUUCCUACCAGAAACCUGCCGCAAAGUUGUAGGUGAUGGCUCGAUCCCACCACCUCCAUUGAAUAACUCUGUUGCGGAUAAGAUUCGGCACCGCAUACGCAAAAAGAAGGGUCUUGCGUCUGAUCCGGAUAAAGAAGCAGAGGUGCGGAAGAAUUACUCACUCAGGUUCCCCUCGCCCGUCCCGACUAUGAAGGUUGUCUUGGAUUUCGAGACGUCGGUUAUUCUGAUUCCCACAGGUUUGCUGUUCGCUGGUUUCUAUGCUGUCAUGACUGGGGCGUCGACUUCUUUCCACAAGAUUUACAAAUUCAAUGAUAUCCAAGGCGCGCUGAUGUAUCUCCCCAUCGGCGCUGGCGGCGUUCUAUCAGCCUUCACGACUGGCAGAAUCGUCGACUGGAACUAUCGUCGGCAUGCGAACCGUGCAGGUCUUGCUGUUGUGAAACAUGCUCGUGCAGAUAUACGAAACUUCAAUAUCGAACGUGCCAGACUGGAAGUUGGCUUGCCACUUUACUACAUCAGUACCUUGGCGAUGCUGAUAUACGGCUGGGUACUGGGGCGGGAGGUCCAUCUAUCUGCACCUGUAAUCCUUCUAUUUGUGAUUGGAUGGUCUAUCAUUGGUACCUCGCAGGUGCUGAAUGUCUUACUGGUUGAUCUUUGGCCAGGUAAAUCGGCGUCAGCGACGGCAGCCAACAAUUUGUUUCGUUGUGAGCUCGGUGCAGCGGCAUCCGCAGCAAUCAGCCCUAUGGCCUUGGCUAUGGGAGAAGGCUGGGCCUAUACCACGCUUGCAUUGAUUUCAAUUGCUGCUUCUCCUUGCCUGUUGGCUGUUGCAACUAAAGGUAUUGAGUGGCGAAAGAAAAGGAAUCAAAAAGAGGAGGAAAAGCUAUCUUGCGUACAGAACUAG